ACAUUUCCGCCGGAUUGCAUGCACGCUGAAGUUCCUAGCUGUCACCGGCCAUCUAAUCUCAUUGUACCGGUGCCCCAAUGAAGGUGAGCGUGGUGUCGCGUCGUUCUCUGUUUACCUGAUAUACCUGUGCCCGUGUUGUUAACGCACACACUCACGUCCGCCCUCCGGCCGAGAGAGGACGAAAACCCGACUGCUACAAGGAUGAAGGGGCUCCCAGUGCUGUCCCUGCUCCUUUGGAUUUGUGCGGUGUACUUUGUGGGCAUCUACUUGUUUGUGGGUGGAUUCCUGCUGGUGAGGCUGGAGGUGAACAGGACCAGUACCUGCGGAGACGUGCUGCAGCCCGGUGAGGAGCCAGUGGACUUCUGCCGCGCCCAGCCGCGUUUCCGCAGGGUUGUCCUCCUCAUCAUCGACGCCCUCAAGAUUGACUUCGCCCGGUUUGACCUCAACAACACGGCGCCCCGACCUUAUGAGAACAAGCUGGCUGUGCUGGAGGAGAUGGUCUCAGUCAGGCCUUCCCACAGCCGCCUGUACCCUUUUCGUGCUGACCCGCCUACGACCACCAUGCAGAGGAUCAAGGGAUUCACCACUGGCUCCUUGCCUACCUUCGUGGAUGUAGGUAAUAACUUUGCAUCCAGUGCCAUCUUGGAGGACAACCUCAUUCACCAGUUUGGACAAGUGGGCAAACGAGUGGUGUUCAUGGGCGAUGACACGUGGGAGAGUCUUUUUCCUAAGAAGUUCCACCGCUCUCUGCCCUUCCCUUCUUUCAAUGUCAAGGAUCUGCACACUGUGGACAGUGGGAUCCUCCAGCACCUCUACACAACUAUGGUGGGGGAUGACUGGGAUGUCCUGGUUGCUCAUUUCCUUGGAGUGGAUCACUGUGGUCACAGGUUUGGUCCCGACCACCCUGCCAUGGGCGACAAGCUCACCCAGAUGAAUGGAGUCAUCAGGUCUGUGAUUGACCGUCUGCAGAACGACACCCUCUUGGUGGUGAUGGGAGAUCAUGGGAUGACAGACACCGGAGAUCAUGGGGGAGAAAGUCAGAAGGAGACCGAUGCUGCUAUCUUCCUCUACAGUCCUUCCCCUCUGUUUCCCCGACCGCCGUCCCAGAGUGAUCCGGACGUGGUGCCCCAGACAGACCUGGUGCCCACCCUGGCUCUGCUGCUGGGGGUUCCCAUCCCGUACAGCAGUGUGGGGCAGGUUCUCUUGCCUUUAUUCCCUCCUCAUGGGCAGACAGAGGGUGCAGUUGGAGGUCUCAGCCAGCUGGAGGCACUGUGGAUCAAUGCAAAACAGGUGAACCGCUUCCUGGAGACUUACUCUGGCAUGGCCAAAGACAUCCCACCAGAGAGCCUCUCUCAGCUGAAGGAUGAAUUCUCCCGCCUCUCCUCUGAGUACCUCACCGCGGUUAGAGAGGGUCGGUCACCCUCCCCACAGCUGGCCGCCUCCCUGCAGGCCUACCUCACCUCUGUUAGAGACACCUGCCGAUCUACCUGGGCUCGAUUCAACCCACUCAAGAUGGCAGCAGGUUUAGCCAUACUGGCAUUUGCCUGCUUGAUGUGUUUCGUCCUGUCUGAGCUGUCCCUUGCGCUGAUCAGGGAGAAUGGUCGCGGCCUGAAGGCCCCGGUUGUCGUGGCACUGACAGCGGGGGUUUGUGUGGCUGCUGGUCAGCUGCUCACACAGGGCUACAUCGAGUUAGCGUGGUGCCUGGCAGCCGCUGCCCUCAGCUCUGAACUUCUCUUUCUCUGGAGAGCUCGUCGAUCCAGAACCAUUACUGUGGCAAAGAACGGAUCUAAAGCUCCAAAGUGUGCUAGCUGGCUGACCCCACGCCACCUCCUCGUUCCCCCUCUCUUGGUGCCACUGCUCCGCUGUGCCUCUCUUCUCUCAGAUAGCUAUGUGAUCGCUGAAGGCCGUGCGGUGACCUUUCUGGUGUUCUCUCUGGCUCUCUAUAUUCCCAUCCACCUCAACUGGGAUGGCCUGCUCCUACCCCCCAGCCAUGACCCUCUGAAGUCUGCAGGGCUGCUGCCUUCUGCAGCCUUGUCCCCAUCAACUGUAAGGAAAGAAAGCAGCACCCUGCUAGCCUGCUUAGGACUUCUUGUUGGUAGCCUCUACCUCUCCCUCUCCUUCCAUGGCUGUCGGGAAGAACAGGGCUCCUGCCAGCCGUCCCCGUUCCUUUCUCCUCUUUCCCGGUUGCAGGACACGCAGCUGAAGAACCUCCACUACAUCCUCUCUGUCUGCUCCCUGGGCUUGUGGACGUAUCUGCUGAGACGCUGCCUCCGCCACUACGGUAACCUCAACUCCUCGGGUGGGACGGUGUUCACAGCCCGCUGGAUCUUCCCACUGCUGUCUGUGUGCCUGGGGCUCCACUGGGCUGUUAGUGCCACUCCAGAGGACAGCUUUAGGAAUCUGGCCGAGCUGAUCAGCCUAGCCCAGCUGGCCCUCCCCAGGGCCGCCUUCUGUCUCCUGGGACUUGGGCUGUUCCUGAUCUGCCUAGAUCCUCUCACUGUGUUCGUGAAGACCAGGGCUGCAGCUUCAUCCAGAGGUUCGUCGCUACCCCCGCCCAGCUACCGAGCGAGCACCGGCAUCAGCCCCCAAGCUGAGCUGCACCACCUCAUCCCCCAGAUCUACCAGCGCAUGCGUCGUUCCCUGGACGACGGAGAGCUGAGCGGGGGCAAUGAGGUGGACAGCAGGCCCGCUGUGAAGGCCUACGGAUUGGGAACUGUCUACUCUGCCCCUUUGCUGCUGUUUUGUGGCCUGCUGGGAAUUGGCCUGCUGCUGCUGCAUCCAGAGGGCAUGGCUUUGUCUUUCCUCCUGCUGCUGCUUGAAAUGGGAGCUCUGUUGCACAUUCACGCUUCCUCCACUACCCUCAGCAGCCUGAAUGAUACAUAUUCUGGUGGCUUUAAUGUGCCCUGGACUCCAGUAGUGCUGUGGUCCCUGGCUGCCACCCAGUUUUUCCAUGCCACAGGUCACCUUCCCACCUUCCCCUCCAUCCAGUGGGGCGCUGCCUUCGUGGGAUUCCCUGAUGGACACACAGGCACCAUACUGCCCGCCUCACUGGUUACUCUCAACACUUUUGCCUCACACAUCUUGUUUGCAGUGGGUUGUCCGUUGCUGCUGUUCUGGCCCCUGGUGUGUGAGGUGCGUGGGAGCAGGGGAGGAAAAGCAUGUGGGGAAGAAGGAGAGGACGCUGUGAUGGAGAUGAGACUGAGAGAACACCCCCAGCAGUUCAGCUCUGCUCUUCUACAACUCUCAACACGCUACCUCUUGAUUCACGGAGCACAGCUCUUUGCUUCAGUCUGUGCAGCUGCUAUCCUCAGGAGACACCUAAUGGUGUGGAAGGUUUUCGCACCCAAGUUAAUGUUUGAGGCCUCAGGGUUCCUGGUGAGCAGCGUAUCUCUGCUGCUCGGGGUCACAUUAGUGCUGAGAGUAGACGUGGCCGUGGGCCGCUGGUUUAAGAGACUUAUCCCAGAUGCAUCCAGGUAGCGACGACACUGCUGCUGCUGCUUUACCACAGAAGCCCACCAGAGCUCACUGUGCCACAGAGAAAAUGGACAUGGUGGUCACUGUAAAGUUUUUUAUAUAAAAACAUUGCCAUCGGUGUCUUGCAUAAGGAUCCCUACAAACAUGUCAUGUGAGGGCUAUGUUGUGCAUUACUGACACUGAGGCCCGCAUCCUUUUUAGCCAGAGGGACAUCAAAUGUUGAACUCUGAGCUUCUGGACUCACAGUGAAGAUGUGCGGGGGUUUUUUGGGGUUGUUUUUUUUUUUUUACAGUGAUGAGAUGAAUCUUGUAAACCACCUCACUCAGCUGAUGAGGUUGAAGGCUUUUGGAGUUCAGAGUUUUAGAGAGAGAACAACAGUUUCUGAAUGUUUCUCCUAAAAGUCUUGUUUUCUAACUUACAGUAUGAAUGAAACCUUCCAAGCUCUCCGAGCCAGACAGUCUUGCAAGUGGUUCAUAGUGCAGCAGUCAAAAAGCUUCACUAAAUACACACAGUAAACCGUUUACAUUAGCUGCUUGGCUGUCACAGCUGACUAGCAACUUCAGCAUUUAAACUAAAUUGGCCUUUGAGGUUUUUUUUUCCCACUUCAUAACUGAGGCUGACAUAUACGUGUAUGUGCAACAGACUGGCUGACUGCCUUUAAUGUUAUGGAGAGAAAAACGAAAGGAGAAAAAAAAGUGACAGUGAAAUUUACACUGAUGCCAUUUCCUGAUCCUUUCCCACAGUGAUCUACAAUUAAUGAGCAGGUGAAGGUUCAGUGUUCUUACUGCAGAAACUGAAUCUGUGACUCUUCAGCUACAGGAUGACCACUUUAAAGUCAGUCUGCCACCCAGUGUCUGGAGCUACUUCAUGAUCAAUCUGCAAGCUGGUCUACUCUGUUUGGUGAAAUCCAUCCAAGUGCAUUACAGCAUGUCUGUCAUCUUAAGUGUCUGCUGGAGGAACUUUUCCAUUUUAUUUUUUUUGGUAUGUUUUGUAUUUUCAAGAUGUUGAAAUAACCAGUGCGUCUGGUUACUGCCAGUUCAUAUAUAAUUAGUGUGUGGUUAGUUUUGUUUGUUUUGUUUUUUUUGUUUUUUUACACAGUUUCAGGUUCUUAAUCUGUCACGGUCUUUUUUGGGGGUGGGUGGGUGCUGAUUCCUAACUCUAAUGUCUAUUUAUAAUUCAGAUUUUUCUUAAUCACUGACGAUACGUUUUUUUAAUCUCAAAUGAUUUUUUUUUUCAUAAUUAGACCUCGUACACCUUUUUUCCCUGGAAUAGGUGCCUAGCUUUAAGUAAUGCCUUAUUUUUUGUGUACAGUGUCAUUAAAUUGACAGGGUCAUUCAAUCCAGGACCUCCAGGAACACUGUCAGUUAAUUUAUUUCUGCAGGACAUCUGAGUCAGUGUCUGGUGUAAGAUCUGUUACUGUUCUGCAGCUGUAGUCAACAGCUAAAGCUCAUUAGCUAAUGCAUGAUAUCGAAGGGAUGUUGAGCUCAGGUUGAAUUAUCUACAAUGCAAUAGUACUGCAUUUCUCAGGCUGUUGUAUGGGAGUGAGUGGUCAUUUAGUGCGGCUGCUGACAUCAGCCCAAGUGAUGGUUCGGCUAGGUUGUAUGAUGAAGGGACACUUUGUUUCUGUUCUAAAAUGUUUAAUAUAUAACUGAUUAAUUAAGAUGAUUUUACUUUCUGUGAAAAAAUGUAAUAAAACUUUUACAUGACA